GAGAAAGAGAGAGAUCCUUGGUUAGGCAUGGCCGCCAUGAAGAGUAAGACGAGCAGCUUCUCUCGCAACCUAAUGGGUGCACAAUUGGCGCAGACACCAGGUCUCAAGCAGGGACUAAACGGUGUUACCUUCAUCUCCUCUGGGAUACCAAACCUUGACAAGAUUUUAGGAGGUGGGUUCCCUCUUGGAAGCUUAAUUAUGGUAAUGGAAGACGCAGAAGCACCUCAUCAUCUGCUACUGUUAAGGAAUUUCAUGUCGCAGGGACUAGUUCACGAGCAGCCCCUUCUCUAUGCGAGUCCGGCAACAGACCCAAGGGUGUUUCUGGGAACUUUGCCAAGUCCUAUUUUGACGAAGGACGACAAGGUUCUUGACCGUGAGCCAGAACAGAAGGGGUUAAGGAUUGCGUGGCAGUAUAAGAAGUACUUUGGGGACAAUCAGCAGUGUUUUGAGGGUCACAGAGAAAAUAGGCCGGAGUACUGCAAUGACUUUGAUUUGCGAAAACCCCUGGAACGGCGAUUACUCAGCGGAGGGCACAUAGAUUGUGUUAGCCUUAAAGACUAUACAAACAUCACAGAUUUUCAUGAUCGUUGUUCCUCCUUUUUAGCUAAAUUUGCCAGAAAUGAUGCAGGCCCUAGAUGUGCUGGUCGUAUUGCCAUACAAUCUCUGUGUGCUCCACAAUGUGGCUAUGCUGAAAUUGAAUGGGAUAUGAUUAACUUUAUUAGAUGUCUUAAAAGCAUGGUACGAUCAUCAAAUGCAGUUGCUUUGAUUACAUUUCCCCCUUCACUUCUUUCUCCAUCUUUUGCUAAGAGAUGGCAGCAUAUGGCAGACACCUUGCUCUCAGUCAGAGCAAUACCAGAUGAGGACAAGGAAUUGGCAAAACUCCUUACAGGUUACCAAGACAUGGUUGGGCUUCUCCAUGUGCAUAAAGUGGCACAGAUUAAUACACAGGUUCCUGUUAUUCUAGAAGCAAACACAUUCUCAAUGAAGCUACAAAAGCGAAGGUCUUUGGUCUUAGAACGUCUAAAUCAAGCCCCUGUAGAUGGUUCAAGUGGGACUUCGUAUGCCACAUCCGCUGGUUGCUCUGGGUCUUCCAAAGCUGCAUCCAUUGAUUUUUAGUGCUUAACUUUAUCUAGAUAUAUUAUGGCCAUUCAAGUGUCAGAACUCAAGAGCAAAAUAGGCAUUGUAUGCAAGGUUUCUCCAGAUUUUUGACCAAGCAAUCCACCUUUCAGAUGCAUGGGUGGGUUUUUCUGUAGAUUUGAAGGAUGCUGGCGCCUAAUUUGUUUUCUGAUGGUUUAUGCUGGCAUGAAAUGGGAACAUCCGAACAUAUACACAUCUUCUUUGAGUCGGGUAAAUGUUGAGAUGGUCAUUCUUUGAACA